AACACACUUUACAGUUUUACGACGCCCAAAAUUCAAUUCCCGGAGAUUAAAAACCCUAAAACAAACACUGGCGAUUCGAUUUUCCCUCCCAAUUCAAAUCAUCUCUUAAUCUUCUUCUUCUCACUAUCCUCUCAAAUUCGCCGCCGAUCUUCCAUCAAUUUUGAUUUCUCGCACCGAAAUUUCGACUUUUCAUCUCCUAUCGACGAAACCCUAAUUUUUCACACUCCAGAAAUCGAACUUUGACGACGAUGUUAAUGGCUAAACCCGACGUACCUUCAUCGAUUUUACCUCGUUCGUCGUCGAUACUUCCCAACUCGAUCGAAACCCUAGAUGAGAACGAGUCGAUUGAAGCACAAGUUAAUAAUGUUCAGUCAUUGGCUCUUUCGUCCCCAAAUCGAGAUCGCAGCGAUGAUGAUGAUAAUAAUAAUAAUCAUGAUUCGGUUUCAAUUCCGCCUCCGAUCUAUGAUGGGUAUAGCUCUUCUUCCUCUGACGAAUCCCAGUCCGUUCCUUCUCCUCCGAUCAAUUUGGAUCACGAUGAUGAUGAGUGUCAGAUUCCAAUCAGGAAUACUUCGCAAGCUCUAGACGAUAUCGACGAUGAUAUCUGGGGCGAUGAUGAUCUCCCAGAGACUCGCAGACCUUGGACUCCUAAUGUUUCGCCUGGUUUUGGAAGCGAUGAUGAUGAUGACAAUGAUGAUGACAACUCUAAAAAUGAACCUCGCAAAUCCUUGUUCUAUGGUUUCCGGCAAGAACCUGAGCCUGUUACUGGUGUGGGAGCUGGGCUUUGGAAUUUAGGCAACAGUUGUUUCCUUAAUUCGGUGUUUCAAUGCUUCACUCAUACUGUGCCACUUAUCGAGAGCCUUCUUUCUUUCAGAUAUGAAGUUCCAUGUCACUGUGGGAAUGAGUUCUUCUGUGUUAUAAGGGCUAUUCGCUAUCACAUUGAGGCUGCAUUGAGGCCUGAGAGAUGUCCAAUUGCUCCGUAUUUUUUUUUUGACAAUCUUAACUAUUUUUCACCUGACUUCCAGCGUUAUCAACAAGAAGACGCUCAUGAGUUUCUGCAAGCAUUUUUGGAGAAGUUGGAGAUAUGUGGUUCGGAUCGAACAAGUUUUCGUGGCGAUAUCACUUCUCAAGAUGUCUUUUCUGGUCGUCUCAUCAGUGGGCUACGUUGCUGCAACUGUGACUACGUCUCCGAGACAUAUGAAAAGUCAGUUGGGUUGAGUUUGGAAAUUGAGGAUGUGGAUACCCUUGGAAGUGCACUAGAAUCCUUUACCCGUGUGGAGAAACUUGAUGAGCAAUUGACAUGCGACAACUGUAAUGAAAAAGUUUCAAAGGAGAAGCAACUGUUGCUUGAUAAGCUCCCUUUGGUUGCCACUUUCCAUUUGAAGAGAUUCAAGAAUAAUGGGUUAUAUAUGGAGAAGAUCUAUAAGCAUGUCAAGAUCCCAUUAGAGAUAGACUUGCAGCCAUAUAUGAGGAAUAUCCAGGAAAACGAAGUUUCUACAAAAUACCAUCUUUAUGCUCUGGUGGAACAUUUUGGGUAUUCAGUAGCUUAUGGACAUUACUCCUCCUAUGUGAGAUCAGCUCCUAAGAUAUGGCAUCACUUUGAUGAUUCGAAGGUCACUAGAAUAGAUGAAGAUAUGGUGCUAUCACAGGAUUCGUAUAUUCUUUUUUAUGCACGAGAAGGAACUCGCUGGUUUUCUAGUGUCUAUGAAGAGAUGCAGCCAUUGGUUGAAGCGAGUUUACUAAAUUCGUCCCCAAAGUCUGUGCUUGAUUCCUCUACUAACGGGGAGUGUUUAUCAGAGAUCAGUUAUGAGAAUGGCGAUAAAGCAAGCAAACCCUGCGAUUCUGCUGGAGUGUGUAACCAACAUGUCAAGACGAAAGAAGAUUUUGUUUCCCUCUCUAAUGAUGAUGUGUUUCUAUCAGCAGAGUCUUCUAGUGGCGAGGAGUCUCCUAUGGGAGAGCUUUUGGACCCGCUUGAUCCUGAUGAUUCUUACAGUCCAUGCACUGAGAAAGAAUCAGAUUCUUGUUUAGCCAUUGAAAGAGCUACCAUUCGUGAUGAUUUUUUUCCUCUGCUCCUGGAUCAAAAUCAAGAGUCGUCGACGUCGUCUCCAAAACUGCAAGAAAGAACUUUUGAAAUGCAGCUCUUGCAAAUGGAAGAAACCACAAAGAGCCAAGAACCUUGGAAGCAGCCAUUAUCAUCAAUAAGCAAUAUCGCAGAUUCCAUGGAAGCAGAAUUUGUGUAUGGAGACCUCAUGAAGAAACCUUCACCUCGUGCUAGAGAGUUGUUGGAUCAAGCCAUUUCUACAAAUGGUUCUCCUCCCAAAAAGUUAAAAACAACAUGAAAAUGUGAUCUGCUUCUGGACACAGAGAGGUAUCAUGUCGACUUUCUUGAUCGCUAGCUACAAACUUCUUCUAGGUGUUAUAAUUGACUUUGAUUUAGACUAAAUCAGGCUUUAAUCGUUUUUGUUUCGUGCAUACUAGUAGUUCUGGUGCUUUUGACUUGGUUAAGCAAGGAUUAAGAAUCUAAUAAAGCUUUAGAUUCUGUUAUUGGUUUUUGCUUCUUUUUCUCCGACCAUUGAUUCACCUCUUUUUGUUCGAACCUGAAAACCCCAAGUCCUGAGACCAUUAAGAC